AUGGUCGAUAAUAUGGGAAAGAGCUGCUACUCUCUCUCUCUAUCUAUCUAUGAAAGAUAUGAAACACUCUCAGUCUCUCUACCAGUCUCUCUCUCACUCAUUCUCUCGCUCUCUCUUCCUCGCUUUCUCGUUUUCUCUCUCGCUUUCUCCCUCUCCUUCUCGCUCUCUCUCUCUCUCUCUCACCUCUCUCUCUCUCUCUUUUUAUCUCUCAGUCUCUCUUUCUCUCUCACUCGUUCUCUCUCGCUCACUCUCUUUCUCACUCUUGUCUCUCUAUCAGUUUCUCUCUCACUCAUUCCCUCGCUCUCUCGAUCUCCCUCGCAUUCUCGAUUUCUCUCUCGCUUUCUCCCUCUCGCUUUCUCCCUCUCCCUUUCGCUCUCUCUAUCACCCCCUCUCUCUCGCUUUCUCUCAGUCUCUCUUUCUCUCUCGUUUACUCUCCCACUCAAUCUAGUUCAAGAGCCCGUCCCGAAGUCCUUGUCAGUGACGAAUUAUUUUUCACCCUCUAACCUCUCUCUCUCUCUCUCUCUUUCUCUCUCUCUCUUUCUCUUUCUCUCUCUCUUUCUUUCUCUCUUUCUCUCCCCCUCUCUCUCUCCCCCUUCCUCCCUCUCUCUCUCUCCGUCUCUCUCUUUCUCCUCUCCCCUCUCUCCCCUCUCCCCCCUCUCCCCCCUCCCUCUCUCUCAAUCUCUCCCUCUCUCUCCCUCUCCCCUCUCUCUCCUCCUCCCUCUCUCUCCCCGUCUCUCUCUUUCUCUCUCUCCCCUCUCUCUCUCCCCUCCCUCCCCCUCUCUCUCUCCGUCUCUCUCUCUCUCUCUCUCUCUCAAGGCAACAUGGUGCACAGUGAUUGUAUCCGAUCCUGCAGUCACUGACAGCCAUAAGAUCGAAGAUAUUAAAAGGCCUGGGAAUUAUACCGUUCGACUCUCCAUCCAUCUCAAGAAUGGAAAAACAAUAAAUAUUUUACCUACGCACAUUCGUAUUAUACAAGCCAUGUCUUCACAAUCAAAGCGAAGUAGUGUGGUGGUUGGAAUCGUGGUCAGUGUGUGCGUUGUGCUGAUCAUCACGUUUACUGCGGUCAUCCUUUGGAGACGACGUUCACGUCGAUGUUCAAGCAGCAAUGGGUACGAGAACAAGGCUUUUGGGUUGCAAUUGACGGAGAGUCAAAAGAGUAAUACGUCACAUUUGAAUGCAUAG